UUGCCAAUGUCAAAGUAAUUUUAAAUUUGAUUUUGAAAUUUGAAUUUAAAACAAAAAUAACCUCAAAAGUCGGUGCGAACCUGCGAACAGCCAAUCAACGUUAUAAGUUCUGAGUUCUCUAAUGUCUUCUCUUCUCCUACGAUAAGAAAGGAGCACGUUUUGGGAGUGAAUAAAGAUCAAAAAUAAUGGCAAUCUCCGCCAUGCUGCGACGAACCAUUAUAAAUGGCACCUUGUAUUCAGCAGCUGCUUUGCGUUUUGCCUCCACACAGACAGAGAAGAAAGUUUACUUCGAUGUGACUGCUGAUGGUGAACCUUUGGGGCGUAUUGUUAUGAAACUAAAUACUGAUGAAGUACCUAAAACUGCUGAAAACUUUAGAGCAUUGUGUACAGGUGAAAAGGGAUUUGGUUACCAAGGUUCAUCUUUCCAUAGGAUUAUUCCUGACUUUAUGUGCCAAGGUGGGGAUUUCACUAAUCACAAUGGUACUGGAGGAAAGUCAAUUUAUGGCAGAACCUUCCAAGAUGAGAACUUUAAGCUCAGGCACACUGGCCCUGGCAUAUUGUCUAUGGCAAAUGCAGGUCCCAACACUAAUGGUUCCCAGUUUUUCAUAACAACCACUGCAACUCCAUGGCUUGAUAGGAAACAUGUUGUUUUUGGAUCGGUUGUUGAAGGAUUGGAUGUUGUCACUAAAAUGGAAAGUCUAGGAUCAAAAAGUGGGAAGCCCUCAAAAAAAGUUACAAUUGAAAAGUGUGGUGAGUUAGAAUAAGUCAAAAAGUUUAUUAUAGUGUAGUAGAAUCAGUGUUGUUUAAUAAUUAAAGUUAUUUAAAAAG